AUGACCUCUGCGCCAUUGUACCCCGCUUACCUACCUACUAGGCCGGAUGGCUUCCAGCCGACCCUUAAUCUCCCCCUAUUCGAGGCAGAUGAGCCAGGGUCUCGAGCCAGUGCAUCCAAGGCAUCUCUGUUGGGAUCCGGAACUACCACCAAAAACAUCACGCCCAAGAUCGGUACGGAGAUCCGUGGAGUACAACUCAGCGCGCUGUCAAAAUCUGGCCUAGAUGAGGUGGCCGCGUUGGCCGCCGAGAGGGGCGUCUUGGUAUUUAGAGACCAAGAUUUUGCGGAUGUGGGGUUUGAUAAGCAGAAGGAUAUCGUAGGCCACUAUGGACCUCUCCACAAACAUCCCACUAUGGGCUACCCAGCGGGAACUGGGCCAGAGUUCCAUGUCGUUUACGCAGACGAAAAAGCGGGAAAUCUCCGAACGCUUCUAGGUCGGCGGGCGACCUAUGAUCUUUGGCAUGUUGACCAAACAUUCACGCCAAAUGUCCCGUCCACGACGUUCUUCUGGGUCCUCGAGACUCCCGCCAACGGCGGAGGCGACACAGCAUUUACAUCCUUGUCGGCCGCGUACGAUGCUCUUUCACCCGCCUUCAGGGAAACCUUGCAUCCACUCCGCCUUUUCCACACCUCUGCAUCAGUGGGUGAAGUUGCGCGCAUAGGCGCCGAACGUGCGCUCAAGGAGGCCGUGUCGACGACGCACCCUCUCGUGAUAAGGCAUCCUGUUACCGGCAAGCCUUCGCUCUUUGUGAACCCCACAAUUGCUCGCAGUAUUGAGGGGUUUUUACCCGAAGAAUCUGACAACCUUCUUGGGUUUUUGCACAACCAUAUCAGAAGCCUGGAUUUCAGCUGUCGCGUGAGUUGGGAACCAGGCACCGUCGUUGUUUGGGACCAGAGGGCCGCGGCUCACAGCGCCGUGCCCGACUUUGCCGAUGGUGAGCGCAGGCACAUGGUGCGCAUCAUCCCGUACGGGUCAAAGCCUGAGCCUGCAUUUCCUUGA